AUGAUAUGCCUUAUAUUCGAAUUAUUAUUUAGAAUUGAUGUUGGCGGCAAAGCUCUUACAAAUCAAUUAAAAGAUUGGAUUUCUUACAGGCAAUUGAAUGUUACUGACGAAACUUAUGUAAUUAAUUGUUGUAAAGAAGAUGUUUGUUUUGUCUCUACAGAUUUCCAAGAGGAUAUGAAAAAUUGGAGGGCUAAAAGAUUGGAUUACUUACUGCCUGAUUUUGUAACAUUAAUGAGAGGGGAGGUGAGGUUUUUUAUCUUUUAUUCUUAA